UGACGUUCCAAGCCGGCAAGUUUCCAGUCAGUGUUCUGCCUCCUGCUCAGUUCUGUCACUCUGCUGAGGGCGCCGGGUUGUUUGGCGGUGUGGUGCUACCAGGCAGUUUACUUGUAAAAUAGGAAAAGAUUUUACGUAAACUUACGUGUUAUGUCCGUGAGGUUUGUUGUUGUGCCUGUUGGUAAAACAGACGGAGGCCCGUCAACUGAAGAUUCAACAGCGGACAAUGUUGGAGUUGUAUUGGAGAAAGAGGAGGAUCCUUCGACGGAGACAGCGGAGUUACCCAUCCUUGAGUACAUCAGGGAGCCAACCAGAUAUGGAGAUGGAAACCCAAAAGAAAGUAGCCCCUUCCUCAACAAUGACUUUGAUGCAGGAAAUUAUUACGAGGGGAAGAACAUGGCAUUGUUUGAGGAAGAAAUGGACAGUAAUCCCAUGGUGUCAUCACUUCUUAAUAAACUGGCAAAUUAUACCAAUUUGACACAGGGUGUUGUAGAGCAUGAAGAAGCAGAAAAUUAUGAAGGAGCUAAAAAGAAAGAAGUUAAAAGUCCUCGAAUGGGUACCUUCAUUGGAGUCUACCUGCCAUGCAUGCAGAACAUUUUAGGAGUUAUCCUUUUUCUACGUUUGACUUGGAUUGUGGGAACAGCUGGCAUUCUGCAAUCUUUUGCCAUCGUUUUCAUGUGCUGUGCUUGUACAAUGCUUACAGCCAUAUCAAUGAGUGCAAUAGCAACAAACGGCGUUGUACCAGCUGGAGGUUCUUACUACAUGAUUUCAAGAGCACUUGGUCCAGAAUUUGGAGGAGCAGUAGGACUUUGUUUUUACCUUGGUACAACAUUUGCUGGCUCAAUGUACAUUCUUGGCACAAUUGAAAUCCUUUUGACGUAUAUUGUGCCAAAUGGAACCAUUUUUGAAGCUGAUGAAAAUGUUGGGGAAACAGAAGCCAUGUUGAACAACAUGAGGGUAUAUGGAACAUGCUGCAUUGUUUUGAUGGCUUUAGUGGUUUUUGUGGGUGUCAAGUAUGUGAACAAGCUGGCGCUGGUGUUCCUUGCUUGUGUAAUACUUUCAAUCAUGGCAAUCUACGCUGGAGUCAUAAAAACAGGUUUCGAUCCUCCUGAUUUUAGGGUCUGUCUUCUUGGAAACCGAACUUUAUCAAGGCGCAACUUUGAUGUAUGUGCAAAGUACAUAACUGAAAUGAACAUUACAUAUACCUCUAAACUAUGGAAUCUGUUCUGUGACAGUUCUCUUCACAAUGCUACCUGUGAUCCUUAUUUUGACAUUAACAACGUAACAGAAAUACAAGGCAUUCCUGGACUUAUGAGUGGAGUCAUUGUUGAUAAUCUUUGGAGUCAUUAUGGACCUCAGGGAAUGUUAAUUGAAAGAAAAAGACAACCAUCUCUACCAGCUGCAGAUUCAAAAUUUUCAAUCUCUAUGCCUUAUGUCGCCAAUGAUAUUGCCACAUUUUUCACCUUGUUAGUUGGGAUUUAUUUCCCUUCAGUGACUGGUAUCAUGGCAGGUUCCAACAGAUCAGGUGAUCUUAAGGAUGCACAGAAGUCCAUACCAACUGGCACUAUAAUGGCAAUAGCAACUACAUCUUUUAUUUAUAUGUCAUGUGUUGUAUUGUUUGGUGCCUGUAUUGAAGGAGUUGUUCUAAGAGACAAGUAUGGGGAAGCUGUAAAUGGGAAUCUUGUGAUUGGUACACUGUCUUGGCCCUCCCCAUGGGUUAUUGUCAUCGGUUCAUUUUUCUCUACUUGUGGAGCGGGACUGCAGAGUCUUACAGGUGCCCCCCGUCUUCUACAGGCAAUUGCUCGAGAUGGCAUUGUACCUUUUUUGCAGGUCUUUGGUCACGGUAAAGCUAAUGGAGAACCAACUUGGGCUUUGCUACUCACUGCAGCUAUUUGUGAAAUUGGAAUUCUAAUAGCUUCUCUAGACAGUGUGGCACCUAUACUUUCCAUGUUUUUUUUAAUGUGCUACAUGUUUGUAAAUCUGGCAUGUGCAGUUCAGACACUUCUUCGCACACCAAACUGGAGGCCUCGCUUCAAGUUUUAUCAUUGGACACUUUCCUUCCUGGGAAUGACUCUUUGUUUAGCCUUAAUGUUCAUUAGCUCCUGGUAUUAUGCUUUGGUGGCCAUACUGAUUGCUGGAUGCAUAUACAAGUAUAUUGAAUACAGAGGUGCGGAAAAAGAAUGGGGGGACGGCAUCAGAGGCCUGUCUCUAAAUGCAGCCCGUUAUGCACUGAUCAAACUUGAAGAUGGACCUCCUCACACUAAAAACUGGCGUCCUCAACUGCUUGUACUGCUAGACCUUGACUCUGAACACAAUGUUAAGCAUCCAAGGCUUCUGUCUUUAACCACACAACUGAAAGCCGGCAAAGGACUCACAAUUGUUGGCUCCAUUCUGAAGGGAACCUAUUUAGAAAAGCGUUCAGAUGGAAAAAGAUCAGAACAGAAUAUUAAAGCAGUGAUGGCUGCAGAGAAAACUAAAGGUUUUUGCCAUGUAAUUGUGUCUUCCAAUUUAAAAGAUGGAUUUUCACAUCUGAUCCAGUCAGCUGGACUUGGAGGAAUGAAACACAACACUGUACUAAUGUCCUGGCCACAUUCAUGGAAACAGCCAGAUGAUCCUCUUUGUUGGCAGAAUUUUAUAGAUAUUGUAAGAGAUACUACUGCAGCACAUCAAGCCUUACUGGUUGCCAGAAAUGUGGAUUCAUUCCCGGACAAUCAUGAGCGUUUCAGUGAAGGGACAAUUGAUGUCUGGUGGAUAGUCCAUGAUGGGGGAUUACUUAUGCUACUGCCAUUCCUACUUCGAAAGCACAAGGUUUGGAGGAAAUGCAAAAUGCGCAUGUUUACUGUAGCUCAAAUGAAUGACAACAGCAUUCAGAUGAAAAAAGAUUUGCAGAAAUUUUUGUAUCAUUUGCGCUUAAAUGCUGACGUUGAGGUUGUUGAAAUGCAUGAAAGUGACAUCUCUGCUUUCACAUAUGAAAAAACCUUGGUAAUGGAACAGAGGUCUCAAAUGCUAAAGCAGAUGCAACUUUCCAGAACAGAAAGGGAACGAGAAGCACAGCUGAUCCAUGAUAGGAAUACUGCAUCACAUUCAUUCCUCAAUGAAAAUGCUGAUGCCAGUCCAGAUAGAGUCCAUAUGACAUGGACUAAAGAGAAGCUGAUAGCAGAGAAACAAAGAAAUAGAGACCCAUCUGGAAUGGGUGUUAAGGACAUUUUCAACAUGAAACCAGAAUGGGAAGGCCUCAAUCAGUCAAAUGUAAGGAGAAUGCACACAGCUGUUAAGCUUAAUGAAGUUGUGCGGAGCAGAUCUCAGGAUGCCCAUGUGGUGCUGCUUAACAUGCCUGGACCACCCAAAAACAGAUGUGGAGAUGAGAACUAUAUGGAAUUUUUGGAAGUUCUAACGGAAGGACUCAACAGAGUUCUGUUGGUUCGGGGAGGUGGCAGAGAAGUCAUCACAAUCUAUUCUUAAAAGAAUUUAAAAAACUAAAAAAUCUACUUCGGUUCCAAACCAGAAGUUUGCUCAGCUCUCAUGGUUUUGUGCAUAUGGUAUAAUUUGUGGAUAUCUAUGGAAAAGGUGCUAGAGACAGAUACAGUUUUGGUAUGUUAAAUACUCCAGAAAUUAAUAUUUUGUACUUAAGUAUUUGUGAAGCAACAAAGAUUAAAAAAAAAACAA